GAGAGAGGAGAGAGAGAGAGGCGAGAAGAGAAGGGGGAGGAAACAGAGGGAGGGAGUAAAACCUCUGUCACUCACUAUAACCACUGUCAUCCUAUUGGGGUCUGGGAGAGCUCCAAAUCGUUAAAUCGAGGGCUGCAGGAAGUUGAGCCAGGGAGCAAGACCACGAGAGGCACUGAGAAUCAGGGGCUCUCCUAUCCUGUCAGCCAAUCCUCCAGCUGCUGACUGCAUCAGAUCUCCACUACAAUUCUAACUUAACCUGCUGCUGUCUCUGCAUUCUCUUUUCCUUGCUCCAUAUCUGACCAGAUUAUGCCCUCGCUCUGAAGAAGGAAGAUGCCAUGACAUGUCUCACCCACCCAUCUUCUUCUGUCAUGAAGCUAAAGCCAAUUCUUAGUAGGUUUCCCAUAACUGUCACGGCCUUCAUAAGACAAGGAGAAUAAGGAACAUUGGAAAGUGAAAAGUCAAACACCACAUGUCAUCCUCAUUCAGGCCUCAGGUCUUCUCAGGACUAUCUCACACAUGAAGCUGGGAUCAGCGUGUGAUCAUAAGAUGCUGUCUCAAGAGUCUUAUCAGUACAGGGAAUGAGAACUGGAAGGGACCAAACUCAUUUUAAUGAUGAAGAAACUGAGACCUAGAAAUAGGUAAUGACUUACCCAAGAGCAUGCAGGGAGUAAAGCUGGUAUUUUUACCCAAGUCCUCUGUUUCUGAACCCAGUGAUUUCUCUACUCCACUAUACUGCCUCUCAUUUACUCAUCCAGGAAAGCCCACAUUAGAACUUCCUGGUUAAGACCCAUAACUCUAUCUCUUAAUUUAAUUAAGAAAGAAGAUCUGAUGAAUCAUUAACACCUCAAUAGCCAUGGAUAUUUAAAUAGAAAAACAGCCGGGAGAGAUCAUCUAUUGAGAAGCCUUCUCUCGGAGGUCUGGUCCCAGAAACUUUGCUGCGUUGUGGUCUUUAGAACUGGAAGCCCAAAAUGGAUGCUCACAGCCAAAGCUCAAGUUGGCGCCAGGUUUUGACUGGCCUAGUCCUCAUACUCCUAAUCCUCAUCACAGUCUUGGGUAAUGUGGUAGUGUGCCUGGCUGUGGGAUUGAAUCGCCGGCUCCGGAGCCUCACCAACUGCUUCAUCGUGUCCUUGGCCAUCACUGACCUCCUCUUGGGCCUCCUGGUGCUGCCAUUCUCAGCUGCCUGUGAGCUGGGCCAGACGUGCAACUUUGCAAAACCCCUUUGUAAGAUUUAUACAAGCCUAGACGUGAUGCUCUGCACUGCAUCCAUUCUCAACCUCUUCAUGAUCAGCCUGGACCGGUACUACGCCAUCACAGCCCCACUGCGCUACACCAUGGUGGUGACACCCAAACGUGUGGCCAUUGUACUUAUCUUAAUCUGGAUGAUCUCCAUCACCUUCUCUUUCCUGCCCAUUCACUUAGAGUGGAACACUCAAAACAUCACUAACUUAAGCUCGACCCCCGACAAGUGUAAACUGCAGGUCAAUAAGGCCUAUGGCCUGGUGGAUGGGCUGAUCACAUUCUAUAUCCCACUGCUGGUGAUGUGUGCCACCUACUAUCGCAUUUUCAAAAUUGCCCGUGAACAGGCCAAGAGAAUUAACCAUAGCUACUACAACAAGGCUGUCACUAUCCGUGAGCACAAAGCCACCGUUACACUGGCAGUCGUGAUGGGAGCCUUCAUCAUCUGCUGGUUCCCUUACUUCACAGUGUUUGUUUACCGAGGAAUAUGGGGUGACAUCAAUGAGACCUUGGAAACUGUCGUCCUGUGGCUUGGAUAUGUCAACUCAGCUCUGAACCCCAUCUUGUAUGCUGCUCUGAAUAGGGACUUCCGCACAGCAUACCAGUGCCUCUUCUGCUGCAGGGGCAGUGUCAUCACUUCCAGGGGGUCCUCCCUGUCUCCUGGCACCUCCCGCCAGUCCCAGGGCCAAUCUCACCAAGUUACACUAGGACUUCAAGAAGAGACAUCUCUGAGACGGCCAAUGCAAAAUGGAAGUGAAGCCCCAUUCCCCCAGGAACCAGAUAAUUAUGGAACUUCAAGUUUGUCUGGCCAGAGGAAGCCUUUUCUGGCCUCUACCUCCAACUCUAGAAACAUCCUCACCUGCUGGAAAAAUGUGUGGGGCUUGAAGUUCCUCUCCAAGAGGCAAGUGGAGGAAUCUGGGGGAGGACUUUCUGACAUACUGAGAACACUACCACCCCAGGUCACUCAGGACAUCACCUUUCAGACCAAUGAGGACAUCAUUUACCAAGCUAUCUUGGAACCCUUCCCAUGCCAACAAGGGCAGCAUUCCCAAGACCAGCCAGGUUACUGAAGACACCAUACCCUGGAUACAUAAAGCCAUCUCUCCACUCUCAAUUCACUGACUACAUUAUUCCUCUUAAAUUGUUGACUUUUAUUUCCUAUGGUCUGAUUGGGAGACAUUCAAGAUAAAUUCUUGUGCCAGGCUGGGAGGACAAAUAUUCAGGAGUUUUCAAACUGAGGCCUGGGAACCUGAAUUUAGAUUCCUGGAUGUCAGAAAACUGUUUAUGAGACUCCCCUUAUAGUGAAGUAAGUCUUCAAACAUAAGUGUGUGCACACAUGUGCACAUAUGACUCCUGACUGGGACAGAGAAAGAACUCACUCAUUAAAAGACCUGUCAGUCAUUUGGGAGAUUGUGAACCCCAGAAAAGAAACAAAAAAGAGAAAAUACUCCUUUAAUCUUCGUCCAACCAGGAUUAGAGCUACAGAGGCACCUGCAGGCCUCUGAAAUGCCUUCCUUUUCCCAUCCCUGCCACUUCCUCUUAUUCUCCCCACUGAAAUCUGUGGCUCACCUCAACCCAUAUCCAACCAUAGAGGAAGGAAUUCACACUUCCUUUUAUCUCACUCAUGCUAAGGAAACCCUGACUUAUAACAGUUCAACCAAGGCAAAAGGGGCCUCUAAGGAGCUAGGGGUCCUGAAACCUACACACACACACACACACACACACACACACACACUGAUAAUUGUGAAUCCAGAGAUGUCCAGCAGACCGACCACAGCCUCAGAAAGAAAAUGGAUAAUGUAAGGAGGCUGACAGGAGGAUAAGAGAGAUGAAAGGGUAUGAGACAAAGUACAUGAAGUGACAGAUGUGAGAAAGAGGAAGGGGAAGGGAAUAAGCAUUGAUGUGGCAUGUACUGCAUGCCAGGAACUGUGGUAAGCACUUUACCUUUGAAUAAGUGAAGUGACAGGGUUAGAAGUGGGGAAAGAAGGGAACACAAGAAGGAAGGGGUGAGCUGGUGGAUUAGAGGGUACCAGUUCAGGAAUGAGGAGCAUCUGAGAUAUGAGACAAGGGAGAUUAGGGGUGGGAGAAUAAAAUAAAUAAAAUAAGAGUUGUGAAUGAGACUGAUAUGAGGUUGGGGGUGGAGAUAGAGUGGGAAAGAGAUGUGGGGAAUAAAGGGAAUGUAAAAUGAGAGAUGAAAAGAAUAGAUGAGAGGUGGCAGAUUGAGAAACCUCUAGAAUAUGAGUUGAGAGAGUGGAGCUAAGGCACUACCCAAUCCUCCAUUAUAUCCUUCCAGAUCCUCCUUAGAUCCUUUCAGAAUUCUUAACUUCCUGGAGAGGAAAGAUUCCCUCCUUCCCCAAGAAACACACACACACACACACACACACACACACACACACACACACACACACACUACCACCACCACCAACAACAACAACAUUUCACCUUUGCUGAAUUUUACGAGAAAGAACUCUUCUAAAAUAAAAGGGAAGUUCAGAAGAGGUCCUGAUGUAAAGAAUUUUUAUAAAGAGAAGCCCUACAGGAAGUAAGGAUUCAGUUUCCAAACACUGUUGAAAACUGAGGACUGAGCAAGCUAUGCAUCGAAUGGGCCAUGUGCUCAAAUUCUCCUUCACUUCCUCUCUCCUGGUCCCUCUGACUUUCCUUGCCUACCCAACUGGCAGAAUUAAUGAAACUUCUGAGAAAAGUCACCUUUUUUAAAGUGGAAAACUUGUCUGGUAAGAGCAGGAAAGUCCAGAAAGUAUGGCAGGACAAGGGUGAUCAAGAAGGCAGGACAGCUUUGAGAAGAGCACUGACCUAGGAGUCAUGAGACACAUGAGACCCAGCCUCCAGCCAGGAUACUGCAGCUAACUUGAGCCAUGACCUUGGGCAGAUUUAUAUCUUCCUUUCCCUGAGCCCCAGCCCCCACAUCUGUAAAAGGCAGGGAGGAUCAGGGAGAGGUGUUGAACUAGGAAUUCUAAGGUCUCUUCCACCUCUGACUCCCUUCCCUCCUCCAGGCCUCAGUUUCCUUCUCUUUAAAAUUAAAGUGGCUGGACUCCAUUAAGAGCCCUCUCAGCGCUAGCAUUCCAUGGAAAAAAUCAGGCAGCCAACAGAAAUGCAGAAGGACUACCAAGACAGAGAUUUCAAACAAAAGAUCCUUGAGACCACCUCCAGGAAACCUGACAGUAAUGACCUUCCUCCUGAGACCUCACAGAGCACUUUGUUCACACUUUUCUUAUGCAUGUAUCCUUGUGUAUUAUACCUAUCUGUGUUGCUAUCUUAUCCCCUGACUAUGAGUUCUUUGAGAACAGGGACUAUAUCUUUCAUAAACUUCAAAUCUUCUCCAGCAACAAACACGAGACUCUGCACACAGUAGGUGCUUAACAAAUGUUUGUUGAGUUAAUAUUAUUGAAAUCUAUCAAGGGUCAGUAUCACUUAGGUCCAUUUGAGCUUAAGUGAUAGAAAAAGAUUCCAUUAUUUUUUUUCCUCCGUUACUAAAAGAGACUCCUAGACACUAAUUAUCUUUUAGAGCAAGCAGGUGAGAGGUUGUGAGCAAAGGUGCUUAUAAUGAUGAACUAAUUAGAAAAAGUGACAAGCUUUAAAAAAAAAUGACUGAGGAACAAAUGAAUGAAUGCCCAGAUCCAAAGCCCUAAAAACCUCAAAGUAGCAGAGGUACGUAAAAUAUAGCUUUGGAUGCCAGAGUGGUUUGCAAACCAGAUAGUCACCAUUAGAAAGGUGAGGAGAAAUAAAGCUACAAGGUAAAAGUGAAAGUCUGACCAAGCGCAAGAAAUAAGACCAAUGAUUAAAAUGUGAGCUUAAAGUGAGAGAGAAGAUGCCAACAUGAGCUUGUGUUUGUGCUUCUCUGAAAUCAUGUUCCUUGUUGUACUUCAAUGUUUAGCCACCUUGUAUCGUGAGUAAUUAACUAAUUCAUGUUGUUAUUUUAAUAAAGAAUUUAUUUUUGUAGAAAACAG